CAGCAACAUACAUGAAUCUUUGAAUUAGUGUUUCUACAAGCAACAAAUUAUAUUGAUAGCUAGCUAUAAAUAUGAUUUCUUCGAAAAACGAGAGCAUUGAUGAGAUCAAGAACCAACUUCUAAGCACGAGGCUUGAACUGAUAUCAUCAAAAAUGGAAGCAAAUGCUGAGAUAAAGAAAUACGAAGAAACUGUUAAACAAUUAUACAAAUUAUUGAAGAGUGUUUGUCAAGAAAGAGAUGAAGCAAGAAAUCAAGUUCAAUUGCUAAUACGAAAAUUUCAACCAUCUGUGCAAAUUGAUCAUCCAAUGGAACCUUCGUGUGAUUUAUCCUUGUCUAGUCCUCAAUCAAAUGAGAAGAAAAUUUCUUCAAUAGGUUCAUCAAAUACAAGAAUAGUUGAAUCACGCAUAAAUCAUCAAAAGAAUCACACAACUCUUUGUAACAAUAGUUAUGAUACGGAAAGUGUUAAUCCAAAUGAGUUUGUUCUAACUUCUUUGAGUUUAGCAUUUCCUGAAAAUUCUAAUGGACCUUCUAAGAUGUCUCAUGGUUCUGGUUCAAGUUCGGGUCCGGGUUCUGGCUUUUUAGUGAAGAAUGAACCAAUGUUAUAUAUGGAUUCAAAUGGGAUGCAGAAUCAUACAAUAUCAAGAAAAAAGAGAAAGUUUCUGUGAGGCUGCAUUAUGUAUUAUAAAAUUCUUAUCAGAGUUUAUUUUUUUAUUUUAUUUGAAAAAGAAUGUGAUACAAAGAUAAUAGUUAACUAUGUGUAGAAUCUAACAUUGCUAGGUUGCAAUUGCACUGCCUUGUUAAACUUUGGCAGAUAAAUGAUAAAUAGAAGUGAGA